GUUAUAAGAAUCCUCCUCCCUCCCUUCUCCUCUUACACAAGAUAAUCAAGUAAAGAUAAAGAAAACGGACAGAAGGGAAGGAAAAUGUGCUGCACGCCAGAUCUUUGAUUCGUGGUAGUUAAAUUCAAAUGGGGCACUUCUCUUUGAGAAGUGAAGGUGUUCCUCACGGCUACAGAAUUUACAAUCAGAACGGGAGCAGACUUAACCGAUACGAGCAAAGGUUUCCUUCCUUUUCUUCUCUGUUGCUUAUUUUAGCCGCUUCUCCAUCCCGCUGGGAAUACCAUCCAGAUCUUAGUCCAGGUAUAUCUGACGUCAAGAGAUGGCUUUCGUAGAUUUGACGUGUAAACACUGAUUUCCAUUCCGACUCGGAAGGGCUGGGGCUCCACUCUGCCGGGAGACCGGGAGACCGAAGCGCUGCACUGAGCGCUCGCCGCCGCCCAGCCUCUCCUGCGCGUCUCUGUCUUGUCGCAGAACAACCGGGAGCGAGAAGUGGUCCAGAGCCGGAGGGUGGAAGGGGCGAUCCUUUCUGGCUUUUCUAUCUUGCUUCUCAUUCCCCCUCUCCUUCCCACUCGUGUGCGAGCGAGUGGGAGAGCCAUGGAGCCAAGAGCCUGGACUCUGCAGUGUACUGCUUUCGCUCUCUUUUGCGCUUGGUGUGCAUUGAAUAAUGUAAAAGCGAAGAGGCAGUUUGUGAAUGAAUGGGCGGCGGAGAUCCCCGGGGGACCGGAGGCAGCCUCAGCGAUAGCCGAGGAGCUGGGCUAUGACCUUUUGGGUCAGAUUGGGUCACUUGAAAAUCACUACUUAUUCAAACAUAAAAACCAUCCUCGGAGGUCUCGAAGGAGUGCCCUUCAUAUCACUAAGAGAUUAUCUGAUGAUGAUCGUGUGCUAUGGGCUGAACAACAGUAUGAAAAAGAGAGAAGUAAACGUUCAGUUCUAAGAGACUCAGCACUAGAUCUCUUCAAUGAUCCGAUGUGGAAUCAGCAGUGGUACUUGCAAGAUACUAGGAUGACUGCAGCCCUGCCCAAGCUGGACCUCCACGUGAUACCUGUUUGGCAAAAAGGCAUCACAGGCAAAGGAGUUGUUAUCACUGUACUGGAUGAUGGCUUGGAGUGGAAUCACACAGACAUCUAUGCCAACUAUGAUCCAGAGGCUAGCUAUGAUUUUAACGAUAAUGACCAUGAUCCAUUUCCCCGAUAUGAUCCCACAAAUGAGAACAAACAUGGGACCAGAUGUGCAGGAGAAAUUGCCAUGCAAGCAAAUAAUCACAAGUGUGGGGUCGGAGUUGCAUACAAUUCCAAAGUUGGAGGGAUAAGGAUGCUCGAUGGCAUUGUGACGGAUGCUAUUGAAGCCAGCUCAAUUGGAUUUAAUCCUGGACAUGUGGACAUUUACAGUGCGAGCUGGGGCCCUAAUGAUGAUGGGAAAACUGUGGAGGGGCCUGGCCGACUAGCCCAGAAGGCUUUUGAAUAUGGUGUCAAACAGGGGAGACAAGGAAAGGGCUCUAUCUUCGUCUGGGCUUCUGGGAAUGGGGGGCGUCAGGGAGAUAACUGUGACUGUGAUGGGUACACGGACAGUAUCUACACCAUCUCCAUCAGCAGUGCCUCGCAGCAAGGCCUAUCCCCCUGGUACGCUGAGAAGUGCUCCUCUACGCUGGCCACCUCGUACAGCAGCGGGGAUUACACCGACCAGCGAAUCACGAGUGCUGACCUGCACAACGACUGCACAGAGACCCACACAGGCACCUCUGCCUCAGCACCCCUGGCUGCUGGCAUCUUCGCUCUGGCCCUGGAAGCAAAUCCAAAUCUCACCUGGCGAGAUAUGCAGCACUUGGUUGUCUGGACCUCUGAGUAUGACCCACUGGCCAAUAACCCUGGAUGGAAAAAGAAUGGAGCAGGCUUGAUGGUGAAUAGUCGAUUUGGAUUCGGGUUGCUAAAUGCCAAAGCUCUGGUGGAUUUAGCUGAUCCCAGGACCUGGAGCAGUGUGCCUGAGAAGAAGGAGUGUGUUGUAAAGGACAAUGACUUUGAGCCCAGAGCCCUGAAAGCUAAUGGAGAAGUUAUCAUAGAAAUUCCAACAAGAGCUUGUGAAGGACAAGAAAAUGCUAUCAAGUCACUGGAACAUGUGCAAUUUGAAGCAACAAUUGAAUAUUCCCGCAGAGGAGACCUUCAUGUCACCCUCACUUCUGCUGCUGGAACCAGCACCGUACUGUUGGCUGAAAGAGAGCGGGAUACAUCUCCUAAUGGCUUUAAGAAUUGGGACUUCAUGUCUGUUCACACAUGGGGAGAGAAUCCCAUAGGCACUUGGACUUUGGGAAUUACAGACAUUUCUGGAAGAAUGCAAAAUGAAGGAAGAAUCGUGAACUGGAAGCUAAUUCUGCAUGGGACCUCUUCUCAACCAGAACACAUGAAACAGCCCCGAGUGUACACGUCCUACAACACCGUUCAGAAUGACCGAAGAGGGGUGGAGAAGAUGGUGGAUUCGGGGGAGGAGCAGCCCACACAAGAGAACCUGAAUGAGAACCCUCUGGCAUCCAAAAGCCCCAGCAGCAGCGGUGUGGGGGGCAGAAGGGAUGAGCUGGCAGAGGGAGCCCCUUCUGAGGCCAUGCUACAACUCCUACAAAGCGCUUUCAGCAAAAACUCACCCCCAAAGCAAUCACCAAAGAAGUCUCCAAGUGCAAAGCUCAACAUCCCUUACGAAAAUUUCUAUGAAGCCCUGGAAAGGCUGAACAAACCUUCCCAGCUUAAAGACUCUGAGGAUAGUCUGUAUAAUGACUACGUUGAUGUUUUCUAUAACACGAAACCUUAUAAGCACAGGGAUGACCGGCUGCUGCAAGCUCUGGUGGACAUUCUGAGGAAGGAAAAUUAAAAUGAGUGGUGGUCCUAAGUUGGAAAUAGUCAUGCUUUUUCCUUCCCGUUAGAUAUUGCCUGUGUCUGAAGUGGUUGUUUUGUCAUUGAUUCUUCUGCUUGUAAUAUCCUUUGCGGUACUUUUUCUUUUUCUCCCCAACCUGGAUAGUUGAAAGCUAUGAGCUCAAGCAGUAAAUCCAACUUCCUGAAUUGAUUAUAGCUCUUUCAAAACACAUCUUCCCUGCCUGCACAAGUCAAAUGUUUUGUUCUUUCUGGAGCCACGGUUCACACGUGGUCCUCAUACCACAUGAGAAUGCCUCCUCAAGCCUCCCAUUUCAUGUCUGAAAAGAAAAGGCAUCACCUGGGCAACAGUUAAUUUGAAAAAGUAAUCUGCAAAAAAUGAGAGGAAGGAAAACUAUUCUUAACAGCUUGUCCUCUGUCUUUGCCAUGUGGUGAUUCAAAUUUUGAUGCCAAAGAAGGGUUUGGAAAGUCUCUAAUGAAGGAGUUCACAAUCAGACUCACACCCUGGGUCUUUCUACUCCAAAGUACUGCUCAUUCAGGAAGUGGCCAUUAGAUCAUCCUGGGGAAAGGCUGGGUUAUUUAGAUCCAGAAACAGGCCUCAAACCCUGCAUUUUCUGGGUUGAGCAGUUUUAGAGCAUUUUUCUUUGCUUGGCUUGGUGUACCAUGGAGAGGCCUCCAUGGAUCUAAAGGUGACUGUGACUCGUGCUGUGAGCUCUGGCCUUCCUCUCUUCCUCAUUACCUUCUCCUUUCUCAGCCACAAACUAAAUGCUGAGAGAGCUACUGAUACCACUUUC